AUGACCCCCGUUGAAUAUAAUCAACCGCCCGUUGAAUACAAUCAACAGCCAGUUGAAUACAAUCAACAGCCAGUUGAAUACAAUCAACAGCUAGUUGAAUACAAUCAACCGCCAGUUGAAUACAAUCAACCGCCAGUUGAAUACAAUCAACCGCCAGUUGAAUACAAUCAACCGCCAGUUGAAUACAAUCAACUGCCAGUUGAAUAUAACCAACCGCCAGUUGAAUAUAACCAACCGCCAGUUGAAUAUAACCAACCGCCAGUUGAAUAUAACCAACCGCCAGCUGAAUAUAACAAACCGCCAGUUGAAUAUAACCAACCGCCAGUUGAAUAUAACCAACCGCCAGUUGAAUAUAACCGACCGCCAGUUGAAUAUAACCGACCGCCAGUUGAAUAUAACCGACCGCCCGUUAAAUAUAACCGACCGCCCGUUGAAUAUAACCAACCGCCCCCAGUUGAAUAUAAUCAACCGCCAGUUGAAUAUAAUCAACCGCCAGUUGAAUAUAAUCAACCGCCAGUUGAAUACAAUCAACCACCCGUUAAAUAUAAUCAACCGCCAGUUGAAUACAAUCAACCGCCAGUUGAAUACAAUCAACCGCCAGUUGAAUACAAUCAACCGCCAGUUGAAUACAAUCAACCGCCAGUUGAAUACAAUCAACAGCCAGUUGAAUACAAUCCACCGCCACCAGUUGAAUACAAUCAACCGCCAGUUGAAUACAAUCAACCGCCAGUUGAAUAUAACCAACCGCCAGUUGAAUAUAACCAACCGCCAGUUGAAUAUAACCAACCGCCAGUUGAAUAUAACCAACCGCCAGUUGAAUAUAACCAACCGCCAGCUGAAUAUGACCAACCGCCAGUUGAAUAUAACCGACCGCCCGUUAAAUAUAACCGACCGCCCGUUAAAUAUAACCGACCGCCCGUUGAAUAUAACCGACCGCCCGUUGAAUAUAACCGACCGCCCGUUGAAUAUAAUCAACCGCCCGUUGAAUAUAAUCAACCGCCAGUUGAAUAUAAUCAACCGCCAGUUAAAUAUAAUCAACCGCCAGUGCAAUACAAUCAACCGCCCGAUGAAUAUCAUCAACUGUCACUUGAAUAUCAUCAACCGUCAGUCAAAUAUAAUCGACCGCCU